AUGGAGGGUGUAUGGUUGUGUCUAGGGGAUAAUUUGGGGGCUGCAAGAGUUGUUGCAAAGGAGAUGGCAGGUUGCUGCUGGGUAGCUUGCAGUAGGGGUGGAAAAUUGGAGGCACACCAAGGUUGUGGUUUGUCCAGUAGGUUGCAGGACAAGUUGAGACUUUGGAGGCUUUCAUGUCAAGUAGGCCCCUUCCAUUAUGUACCUGCAGACCUUGGAGGCUUUCUAAGGAUACCAAUUUUAAAUCCGUUAAAGAUGACAGCAGCAGCACCACCUUCUCCUCAUGGCUUACUUGGUCAACCUCACCCAAUUCAAAUACCUCUUCCAAUGCAAAGCACUUAUAAAGUAUCACUCUCCUUGGAUUUUUCAAAGCUCGUGGCAAUUUUACUGGAAACAGAGUACAAAUAUCCCCACAAUAGCUAA